GUAAAAGACCUCCCCACUCCUCUCGCAGCUCAUAUGACCCUCCCUCUGUGCGAUGGGUGGAGCGUUGGGUGGCCUCAGGCAGGCUGUAGUAGCUCACUGUGUCACAGGCAGGCAGUGUGGACCUGUGGACGCAUGAGCUGUCAUCUGCUGAGCUCCGGCUCUUCUUUAUCUGUGGAUUUUGUCUUAGAGGAGGAGCUGGCUUGUUUCGUUUUUUUCCGUGUCACCUGUAGGAAAGCUGGGUUUGAUCUGAAGUGGGUUUCGACUUCCCUCCUGGCUCCCACAGAGCGCUCAAACCUGUCUUUGUUGCAUGUUCAUGGAGGCUGAUUGGAGGAGGCUCUGUCUUGCUCUGAGGCCACACGUUGUCAUCUCAAACCACAAUCAUUGAUUUGAAGGAGUGUCCCAACUUCACAACUCCUCCAUCCAAGGCGCCUGGAGCUGACGAGAGAGACACUGAAGGAAUAUAAGCUCGGGCUACAUAAAAAAAGAAAAAAACUUCAUGAAUUUUUCUAAAUCCUGAAAGGAAAAUACUGCAAGUUGACUGGUGGACCCGAGGAGGCCUGCGGAUGAUGAGUAUGGCUCGGCUCUGUCUCCCAGUCUACACUGCUCUCCUUGUUGGCUGCUUUCAUUCAGCUGUCACAGACAAUGAUGUCACUCCACGGCUCAGCUUCCCCUACAAUGCAAAGGAGAGGACAACUAAAAGCUUUUCUGCCAGCGGAGUCCUCAACUUCACAUCCGUUCUGCUCAGUAGUGAAGACAACAUGCUGUAUAUCGGCGCCCGAGAGAUUCUGUUCGCCCUCAACCUCUCUGAUAUUACUGAAAGCAAACUACAAAAGAAUCUCACGUGGAAAGCUCCGGAUCAAAAACGAGAUGAAUGUAGUUUCAAAGGCAAAGACCUGAAGACGGACUGCUUCAACUACAUCAAGAUUCUGCUCCAUGUGAACAGCACCCACCUGUAUGCAUGUGGGACCUAUGCUUUCAGCCCGAUCUGUGCUUACAUAAGUACUGCCAACUUCUCCUUUGUCAAGACUGAUACCGGUGAGAUUGUUACAGAGGAUGGACGAAGCCGCUGCCCAUUCAACCCUGAAUACAAGUCUACAGCAAUCAUGGCUGAUGGAGAGUUGUAUGCCGGCACCGUCAGUAAUUUCCAAGGAAAUGAGCCCAUCAUCUACAAAAGUCUGAGCCAAGGAGCUUCUCUAAAAACAGAAAACUCUCUCAACUGGCUUCAAGAUCCAGCCUUUGUUGGCUCUGCCUACAUACAGGAGAGCCUGCCUAAAGGCAACCUGGUGGGCGAUGACGAUAAGAUUUACUUCUUCUUCAGCGAGGCGGGAAAGGAGUUUGAUUUCUUUGACAACACCAUUGUGUCACGCAUUGCUCGUGUGUGUAAGGGUGACAUUGGAGGCGAGAGAGUGUUGCAGAAGAAGUGGACCACCUUCUUAAAGGCUCAGCUUCUGUGCUCCCUUCCUGAUGACGGCUUCCCCUUCAACAUAAUCCAAGAUAUGUUCGUGCUCACGUCCAGCCCCGAGGACUGGAAGAACACUGUGUUUUAUGGCGUUUUUACAUCUCAGUGGUACAAAGGUGCAUCUGGAAGUUCUGCAGUUUGUUCCUUCACGAUGGAUCAGGUGGAAGCAGCCUUCAACGGGCGAUACAGGGAGGUCAACAGAGAGACUCAGCAGUGGUACACCUACAAUCAUCCAGUCCCAGAGCCUCGGCCGGGGGCGUGCAUCACAAAUGAAUCCAGAGAGCAAGGCAUCUUCUCCUCGCUGCACGUCCCAGAUAAAGUCCUGAAUUUUGUCAAAGACCACUUCCUGAUGGACAGCAUGAUCCGCAGCCAGCCUCUCUUGCUCAAACGCAACGUGCGCUACACACAGAUCGCCGUCCACCGAGUCCAAGUGGCUGAAAAGGUGCACCAUGUCCUCUUCAUUGGGACAGAUGACGGCAGGCUUCAUAAAGCCAUAAAUGUGAAGAACAAGAUGCACAUCAUUGAGGAGAUGGUGGUCUUUCGGGAUGCUCAACCAGUGCAGCACAUUGAGCUGGAUGCGAUCAGGGGCCACCUUUAUGUCUCGUCUCUCUCUGAGCUGGUGGAGGUCCCGGUGGCUAACUGCACUAAUUACCAGAGCUGUGGGGAGUGCGUCCUCUCCAGGGAUCCCUACUGCACCUGGAAUGGGAGGCAGUGCACAGAUAUCAGACAAGCUCCUGCAAGCAACUCGGGACUGCAGGAUGUCGAGGAAGCCGACACGUCAGCUAUUUGCAACAAGACAGUUCCAAGCCCACGAGCUGCUAAACCUCCGCCUACACGUACCUCAGCGUGCCAGGUGAUCAUUAUCCCAGCAAACACGUUCAAAGUACUGCCUUGCAAGCUCCGCUCCAAUUUGGCUGAGAGGAAGUGGGAGUUCAGCGACCGAGCGGGUCACUUCCAUUACCCCAGCCCCGAGGGGGGGCUGGUGGUGGUGGCUCAAGCCGACAAGCAGGAAACGUACGAGUGCUGGUCGGUGGAGGAAGGGUUCAGGCAGCUGCUGGCGAAUUACUGCGUUAGGGGCGAAGCCCGGCAGGAAAGCACCACUCUGACGGGCCGCUCCCGAAUCCCAGUCGUCCUAGAGAGGGAAGACAUCAACCUGCCGGGGGAGAGCCGCUCACCAAAGAUCAACUCCAAGACCUACUGGAAUGAGCUGAUCGUGGUGUGUGCCCUCCUGGUGUUUUCCCUGCUGGUCUUCUUCCUGUUUGUGGUGUACAGGAACCUGGACCACAUGAAGUCCAUGCUCAAAGAAGGGGAGUGCCCCAGCAUGCAGCAAAAGAAGCCCAAAAUAGUGGUGAAAACAGCCGAGAACUUGCCGCUCAACGGCAGCACAGUCCCGACCUCUGCUUCCGAUCACAAAGGAUACCAGACUCUAAACGACAACUACAUCUGCAGCACUCCACCACACGAGUGCUCGUCGCCAGACAACAGCAAGAGCUUUACAGAACCCGAGAAGAGGCCUCUGAACUUAAGAGAGAGCCACGUGGAGAUUUCCGCCGCAUGCCCGCGGCCACGAGUCCGACUCGGCUCUGAGAUUAAAGACUCCAUAGUGUGAGUGUGAAAGAACUCGUGAAAAAGGAGUGCACUCGUUUGGAAGGACAAACCCCUUACAGGAGGAACAGGAGCACUCCCUUAGACAAACAUUUCAUCCCACAACUUUUGCACUUUGACUUCUUUCGUUCGAUUCCUGUGGUCCAAUGUGCUUGUCUUUUUGGUUUUUGCCCCUCGAUUCAAGUGCAUUUUGAAGCACACUGAAGAAGCUCCAGUUUGCCUUUGGACUUCUUCCACACAGCUCACGGGAAUGUAACCUGACGGUUUAGAGACUGAAUUAAAGAGCACUGCCAUUGAUUUCCGUCCAUGUAAUAUAGAAGAAGUAAUGCUCCGAAAGGCAGAGUUUUUAUUCCACGUGUUGCCACUAACACUCACACGGUGUCUAAUAUUUUUGUUUUUUUAUUAUUAUUUCUGUUACAUGGUGAGAAUCCACUCUUGGCUAAAGCUAUGCACUAUGUACUGUAGCAAGAAAAAACAUGAAAUAGUCCCAAACAUUCAAGAAACACACUGUUUCCUAGAUAUUGUCUGUGCUUUCAUGCAGGUCUGCUUAUUAUUAAUGUGCAAAAAAAAAAACAAGUUCAAAAUAUGUCAGAUUUAGAAUUUAGACCAUAUUUUGUUCUUUUGAAAAAUACAAAUCAAACAAACUAUUCCAGAAUAUCUAAUCAGUUUAAUCUAAAAAUUUGAAAAUACAUUUUGAUAUGUUGUCAUUGUUACACCGUAAAAAGACUAAAAGCUCAUUCCAGGUAGUCACGAGAUAGUCGGUCUAUGCAAGCACAUAAUGUGAAGUGAGGUCCACAUCGAGAAAAAGCCUCACCUUUAGACUGAAUAAGCACAAAGAUAAAGGCACUGUCUAGAAAAAUGACCUAUUUAUUAUUCCAGCUGCAGGUAUGGGACAAUAUUUUUUUUUUUUAGUUUGCCAGUUUUUAAGUUUUAUUGAAGCUGAAACUUUGAGAGACUAACACAACACAAGAAAAAUGACUUUUAUCAACAUGAAAACACCUUUAAAAGGUUUAUUUUCUUAUUUUGACCAUACUUUUAAGCUACAAACAGUAAUUAUUCACAAUCAAUUUAUUGGAAUUGUACCUCUGAGACAGGGAUGGGCAAACUUGGUGACACAUGGGCCACAAAGGGUUCUAAAAUUUGACAGAAGGGCCACAAAAAAACUGAUUUGUGGAGCAUUUUCGGUAAUCCAUCUCAUCAUAGAAACAACAUGGAAUCUGGACAAAAACAUGUUUUAACUUUGAUUGAAAAUUGAUAUUGGAAACAACAUUUUGGAAUUUCUUUUCAAAAAUUGUGUUUUUUGUUCUCAUUUUAGUGCCAAUUAUAAACUUAAAGAAAUGCUGCAUUCAUGUGGUGUUGGAAUGAUCGGGAAAAUGACCGUCUGACUUGGAAAACACUCACAAACAUCAGAAAAACAAUAAAUGUAUGCACCAUAUGUAUGCAGAAUGACUUUCUACACCUAAACUAAGGUCAGUGUGUUGUAUUCCACAAUAUAUGAGAAGGUGCAGGAAUUAACGGGAAAAUAAAACAUUAUUUAUUCCAGUUUGGUGGGUCGCAUGUGGCCGUAGUUUGCCCACCCCUGCUGUAAGGACAUGUUUUCUUAAAAAAAAAAAAGUUAUACUAAAAAAGACAUCUUAGAUCUCCAUUAAAAAAAUCAAUAUAUGGGCUAACUUUUCACAAUAAAAAUUCUAGUGAGUGUCGUUAGGGAAAAUAAGCUUCUUAAAGGCCAAAGCAAUAACCUUCAUCGUUCACCGAUUAUCAUAAACUGUGCGUUUAUUUCCCUUAAAAUAAUUAAAAAUAGAAUAAACCAAUGACCUGCCAAAUUUUUACAACUUUCACAACUAUUAUUUAUUUUAUUUUUUUACAUAUGAGAAAAUGUUGAGUAUUAUGACACAAAAUUGGGAUUAUGCGAAAGCAUGAAGACAAACAAAAGGCACGGAGGUUGGUGCAGAGCGUGAGGGAUUUGCACAGUUUUUCAAGCCUUAGUGAGGGGCAGGAGUCGUUCUGACCACUGAUCUGCCCAGGUGGGAACAGAUAAUGCCUUCUGAAAAAAAAGAAUCAGGUGACGUGCCUACUGAGAUCGUAAGCUAACCAGGUUUUCGUCCUGCUAAAUCAGAUGCCAGUUCUGACCAUGCUUGAAACCAGUGAAAAAAGUGAUUACACGCAAGUAUUGUCAGUGUUGUUCACCAGUUUUAAUUUCAGUAUUGGAUUGCUUUCACAACCAGGGAUUAAAAUGUAUUCCUUCAACUGGAGACCACAAAUAAACCACUUCUUAAAAAAAGAAAAAAACACUGUAGGAUUAGUAUUACAUCACAUUUCCUGUAAAUGACACAGCAAAAACCGAGUUAAAAACUCAUCAAAUGUAUAAUCAUGCAGUUUGAAAUAUUGUUCUAUGACUGUUAUCAAUAACCGACACAAACGGCAGCUUUUGGUGAAGUGGCUCUCAUCACAAUAAUCUUCAGUUUGCAGAACUAAUGAAGUUCAGUGGUGUGUUAGUCAAAUACGUGCAGGUACUUUGAAUAAAAUAACUAUCUACGCCACGGUGAAAGUAUUGUCUUUUGCUCUCUCUUGAUGAACCACUACAGUCAGGCCUUCUAUUAGUGACCAUACCAAGACGCUCUGGGGAGUUUAUUGUACAGCAAGUGAGCAAGUUUUAUGUACAUUUGUUUGUAAAUUCAGCUGCCAAUGUAAAAAGAUAUUGUGAAUUGUAUUUUUUGUACCAUACAUCACUGUUUUCUUUUGUAUUGUAUAUACAUAUAUAAAUAUAUAAAAAAACACUUUAUUUUAAUUUUUCAAAUAAAGAUAAAAUUGACAAA